AGUUGUAUUUCAGCUCUAGGCCAGAGCAGAUCUCUCAUAAAAACCUUGAAAAACGGAGAAAUAUACAAACAUGCCGGAUAAAGUACAAUUUCAGCUUGGCGCAAAGGCUUCAGAUGAUGGUGGACUUGAUUCUGGCGAAGAAGGAGAAGAAGGAGAGGAAGGAGAGGAGGGGGAGAAGGAAGGACGGAGUGAUCCUGCAUGUAAAGUAAACUUUCUACAAAUCUUAGAUAUCGAAAGAAGAUAUCAGAAUGUUCGUCAGUAUAAGCGCAGGAACAGUAGGGAUUUAAUGAAAGAUGGGGACAAAGUACGAAAAAGAAAAGGGAAGAAAAGAAAUAAUGGAAAAUAUAUCACUAUCCAGGAAGAGGCAAAAAAGUCUGGAGAUAUUGUUCGAGAGCUAUUAGGGGAUACACUUUCAGGUCAUGAACCGCAUCAGUUGUUUUCUGAGCUUGUUGAACUACAGCUAGAUGAGUGGAAGGAGACAGCACGUUGGGUCAGGUUUGAAGAAGAUGUUGAAGAGGGAGCUAACCGGUGGAGUAAACCUCAUGUUUCAUCACUCUCUCUUCAUUCUCUAAUGGAGCUGCGGAACUACUUAAAGACAGGGUCAACCUUUCUGGAGCUGGAUGCAGAGAACCUAGAGGACAUAGUUGACUUUGUCUUAGAGAACCUUAUCAGCAACAACAAGGUCACAUAUGAUUUGCGUGACAAGCUGAAGAUGAUAAUUCUUCAGAAGCAUCGUCAUCAAUUUGAAGGAAUGAAGAAAAUCCGUAGUGAUGCUAACAUGAAGAAAUCAUCUUCCUUUGAAACUGGAUUCAUACUGAAUGCUGUGAAGAGUUUUUCUGAUAUGAGUAAAGUGCAUUCAGCAGAGUUGGGUCUUUCUAUGAACAAAAGCGCUGACAACUUAGAGGAGGAUGCAACUAAUAGCCAUUUCUUGAAGAAAAUUCCUAAAGGCGCAGAAGCUGCUAAUAUUAUGGUGGGAGAAGUUGACUUUCUGACCAGUCCCAUUUCAGUCUUUAUCAGGCUUGGUAAGGCUGUGAGGCUAGGAGAUUUGACUGAGGUAGCCCUCCCAACAAGAUUCAUUUUCAUCCUGCUUGGUCCUCCAAUGGAGGCUUCCAGCUUGGAUUCUUACAAAGAGGUUGGUCGCUCCAUAGGAACCAGUUUCUCUGAUGAGGUGUUCCAUGAGGUUGCCUACCGAGCAAGAACUAAAGAACAUCUAGUGAUGGGUUUAGAUGAGUUCUUGGAUUCUGUGACUGUUCUUCCACCAGGAGAGUGGGAUAGAAACACUCGAAUAGAACCACCAACCUCAGUUCCAAGUCAGCAUGCCAGAAAAGUAUCAAGGGCACAGCUGACUGACAGCAAUGGGGGAGCACUAAUAAAAAACGUAGAGGAAGUUGUUGAUGAGGAGGAGGAAAAAUACCUUCUGAGGAAGGAGGCAGGAUUGGUGGCCAGUGGAAAAUUUUGUGGAGGUCUUUUAAAUGAUAUAAAACGUAAAGCCAACUGGUACAUCUCUGACUUCAAGGAUGCAUUGUCUCCACAAAGUGUUGCUGUUGUUUUCUUUUUGUAUUUCGCUACCUUGGCACCGACCAUAGCCUUUGGAGGAAUCCUGGGACAGAAUACCAAGAAUCGAAUGGCCUCCAUAGAAUCUUUGGUAUCUGGCCUCACUGCUGGAGUUAUUUAUGCCAUGUUUGCAGGACAACCACUGACCAUACUUGGUCUUACUGGACCUGAUCUUGUAUUUGAGACAUUGGUCUUUGAUUUUUGUGAAGGACAUGAGUGGGACUACCUCUCUUUUCGUUUAUGGAUAGGUGUCUGGAUAGCAAUCAUCUUAGUCACUUUGGUUGUGACUGAUGCAAGCUCAUUUGUCUGUUAUAUUACAAGAUUUACAGAGGAGUGCUUUGCUUGCCUAAUUGCAGUUAUAUUUAUCAAGAAAUCCCUGGAAAAUGUAGCUAAUAUUGCAUCAACACAUCCAUAUACUGUUUCUCCAUGCUAUUGUAAACCUUUAGACUUACCAGUCAAUUGGGAGAUAUCCUUUGGAGAGAUUUUUCACAUGCUAAAUGAAACUGAAAUUGAAGAAACACUUUCUAUUUACAAUGUUACAUCUCGCGGGAGAAAAUGCUGGAUUGACAUGGCUGACAACGACAUCUCAUUUGGUUUCACAUCACCUGGAUGUAACUAUGCCCCUAAUGCAUUCUUUUUAAGUGUGAUUCUAUUCUUUGGGACAUACAUCAUUGCAACAUUUCUAAAAGACUUCAAAGAUCUCAACUUCUUCCCUGCAGUUGUUAGAUCCUACAUUUCUGACUUUGCAGUUAUCACUGCAAUUUUGUUAAUGGUUUUGGUAGAUGUAGGAUUUGGUAUUGAUACUCCCAAGUUGAAUGUACCAAGCACAUUUAAUCCAACCUGGUCUGGUCGGAGUUGGUUAAUCUCUCCUUUUGGUAGAAAUCCUUGGUGGUCAGCACUAGCUGCUGCUAUUCCAGCUCUACUUGGAUCUAUCCUCAUAUUCAUGGAUCAACAGAUAACAGCUGUUAUAGUAAACAGAAAGGAGAACAAGAUGGUCAAAGGAGGAGGGUAUCAUUUGGACCUUCUUGUCCUUGCAUGUACUAUUGUUAUAAACUCUGUGCUUGGUAUUCCCUGGUAUGUUGCUAGCACAAUUCUCUCUAUAACUCAUGUUAAAUCCCUCCAGAGGGAGUCUGAAACUUCAGCACCUGGAGAGAAAAGAAUCUUCCUUGGCAUUCGAGAACAACGUGUAACAGCCAUCUUUGUUUUUAUUCUUGUAGGAUGCUCAGCUUUUAUGACACCCAUUCUUGGAUACAUACCCAUGCCAGUUCUCUAUGGUGUUUUCUUGUACAUGGGAAUCAAUUCUUUGAACGGCAUUCAGAUGUUUGAUAGAAUACUCUUAAUGUUUAUGCCAAAGAAGUAUCAACCAGAAUAUUCCUUUCUCAAGAAAAUUCCCCUGAAGCGGGUGAAUCUCUUCUCAUUCAUCCAAGUCUUGUGCUUUAUGGUGCUCUGGCUGAUCCAAGAGUUUAAGGCUGUCUCCAUCUUGUUUCCGAUCAUGUUGGUCAUCAUCAUAGGAAUACGAAAGCUCUUGGACUAUAUUUUUUCACAGUAUGAAAUGAAGAUUUUGGAUGAUAUUCUACCUCAAAGCAAGCGUAAAGAGAGAAUGGAGGUUGAAGAACGAAGAAUGAGCCUGAUACCAGCUGAUUUCAAGGUAAUUGAGAAAGGAGAAGUAGACCCGAUGCUUAAUGACCAUCCUCUAAAGAUAGAAAAUAAGCUGGAGAAGAAAAUAGAUCCUACUGCCAAUAAUGUCUGCUGGGAUGACAGCCCUUCUAGCGGGUCGGAGGAACACUCAUGUGGGAUAUUGGCAUAAUUUGCUUAAUUUUUAGAGGAAUUUGAGAAAUCCGAGAAAAAUAUUUCUAAUCCCAAAUCCCAAUAUAUUUACAACCUAAAAUGUAACUAAUUGUUUAAACAAAAUGAAUGUGUAUUUAAUAUCAAACAUUUAUGGCACAGGAUUGCAAAGAUAUAAUAAGCA